UGGGAACGAGAUUAACAGAAAGAUGACAUUGUUAAUUUUUAUUUAUUACGGUCUUCAAGUUCCUUUUUUAGGAUGAUGCGUCUCCGUUGCUGAAUCUUUAGCGGAUUGGCACGACACAGAGUUUGUACAUAACUUUGAUCAUGAAAAAUCAUCAACAAUUGUACAGAUAACAUAGUUCUGUAUUUUACAAUUAUACAAAUAUGAAAACUUUGAUAAAAUCGAAGAAAAAAAUCUAUUUUACGAUAUCGUUUGAGUAUAUGACCAAGUGGUAGGUGUGACAUUACAGUAAACUUGAGGUGCGCUUAUAGCACGGGAAAAGAGAGUGGGUUACGCCUCGAAUAAUGCAGGCGCAGAAAAAAAUUGUGCAGGGUUUAUACAGGUUGAUGCAUUGAUCCGACCUCAGAAACGUUCUCCUUUGGCAUCGUCGUUCUCUUUCGGUUUCGUUCUGUUAUCAAUACACGAUGAAAUUCUUAAAACUAAUUCUAAUCCUCCAGGAGUUGCUUCAGUGUCAAGGAAAUCAAAAUUCCUCCUCUGAAAAUGGAAAAAAUGCAUCACACCUCGAGCAUUACAAAAAUCAAACUAUACCCUACAUAACUCUACACUUUAAUGCAUGUUCGUGGAGUCCCAGGAUCCUAAAAAAUGAGAGCUGGACUUCAGUCACAUUGACUGCACAGUCCAGAGACAAAGUAGCCCGUCAGAUCUGCAUGGGGCAUGGGUGUGGGGGUGUUUACAGGGUUAGUGAGACCAUUGCCCCACCCAACAGCACCUGUCUUAAUGGUUGCAUCUAUCAUGAUGGUCGCCUUCAGAACUGCGCUUAUGCUACAGAAAGCAAUUGCACAAUUGUGUCUGAUGUUGUUUGCGGGCACCAGAUUGUGAGGCUGGCUGGAGGCGCACACCACUGUGCUGGACGUGUGGAGCUGUGGAAAGAGAAAAAAUGGGGCACGGUGUGUGACGAUGAAUGGGACUUGAGGGAUGGCAACAUUGUAUGUGCUCAGCUUGGCUGUGGCUAUGCCCUCAGUGUGACAGGGCAGGGUGGAGCCUUCCCUAAAGGAAAAGGUGACAUCUACCUGGAUGAGCUGAACUGUACUGGUAAGGAGGGUAACCUGUGGCAGUGUCCAACUGCAGAGGAAAACCUUGACUGUGGACACAAGGAAGAUGCUGGUGUAAUAUGCUCAGAGCUGAAGGAAGUGAGACUUACUGGAGGUGUGGACCGUUGUUCUGGUAAAGUGGAGAUUCACCGCAAUGGAUCAUGGGGGACAGUGUGUGAUAACUGCUGGGGGAAAGAAGAAGCCUCCAUGGUGUGUUCCAUGUUGGGCUGUGGGAAACCAGUUAAUUUUUUAGCGUUCAAACCCCCUUUCACCCACAACAAUGGGACUCUGUAUUUCUACCAAUGCUUUAAACAUCACACAAACCUUUGGCAGUGUAAGGAAAUGACCAACAAGACAAUACUGUGUGCUGAUUCAAAAGCAGCUGGACUUAUUUGUAGUGAAUCUAGAGGACAAUAUCUUCCACUUACUACAGAAGGAAGCUCAACAGUGCUUAACAGCACCUCAGACCCAAUGACUACAACCAGUGUAGUAAAUAAUGAUUUCCAAUGGCCUAUGUCACUAGAGGUUCUGGGGUGUAUUGUCCUGGCUGUCCUUCUGUUCAUAGCUCUGGUCACACUCACUUGGCUUUGCUGCUGCUACAGGAAGAGAUAUGCUAAGCAGAAGCAUGCAAAUCUGCAGAUGACGACUGAAUGUCAUGACAACGACUACAAAGACUCUGUGAAUCUUGUCAAAGUUACCGCCAGCAGUCCCACUGAAAGUGAAGUUCUGUCAAAUCCCAGGUAUCAGUGGCAACAGAGCAGUCUGGAGAGCACCUCGGUUGAUACAGACUAUGAACAAUACGAUUUAAACAAUGAGUUGACUGUCCCAAUGACCACCUUUCGGAAUUCACUACGGCACAGACAAGAGAACAGAAACCCAUUUUUGAGAAUUGCGGCUCUAGACAGUCUAUCCGAGGAAGGUAUGUCUGACCAAGCACUGGGUAAAACUGCCGGACCCCCAAGUGAGAACUCCUUUGAUUCUUCCAGCACUUCUUCUGAUGAGUGCUAUGAAAACACUGGAAGAGAUGUGGAAAUAUUACUAACAUCAGAAGCCUUGGAUGAACAGAGGGGUCCGACAACUGAUGAAGGCAAGCAACGCUGCUUUCAGAUCCAACAAUGCGGAGGCCUACAGCUCAUCCAAGGAUCAAGAUGGCUAAACAUGACCACAAACUGUGGCUUGAGGAGCACUUCAACCACAACUCCGAGCCUUGAUGCAUGUGACAGUGCAUCAAGACUUCCAUCAUAGACUUCCGGCCAAAGAACCCUAGCCAGCGACGUCUCCAUCAUCAAAGAGUUAAACAGGUUCUAUGCUUGCUUUGACAAGAACAACAAAAAUCCAGCCAUUAAAGCUGAGCUCCCCCCAGACGACCUCCCCCUCAGACUAUCCACCACAGAUGUGUUGUCUGCACUGAGAAGGCUGAAUGCAGGCAGGGCUGCAGGUCCUGAUGGUGUCCCACACGCUGAGCAGCUGGCUGAGGUCUUUACUAACAACCUGGCCCUAAUGGCAAAGAAAACCAAGGAGCUCAUUGUGGAUUACAUGACGUCUAAAGUCAAUGCCCCAGUUUCUAUAAAACAGUUCAAAUGUUUGAUACAAAACAGUUUCACUGAUUGCUUUUCUUAAUGUUUCUACAUAUUUUCCUGUGUGUGCAUAUAAAAAAAGGUAUGCUCUUUCUGUAUCAUGGGCUCAAGAGACCUUAGUCUCAGCUUCAUUUCCCUGUUUAAAUAAAGGUUAAAUAUCCAAACUAUUUCAGUUUCUAUAUUCCUGAAAGGACUGCAUAGGGGAAAGUAAUAGGGCACAAUAUUGUGGCCUAUUAACCGAAAUGGAACUGAGCUAAUAAUCUCUACUUGCUCCUGUUCCUUAAUGUCAUACCGUGAUAUUUGCAAAAAGUUGUUGUAAACACCUUAAUCAACACAUUUUGAAAAGGGGAGACUUGCUGUAUGUGCCUUUCCCAUAAUUUGCCAAUUGUAAACAUUUCCACAAAGGAUUAGCUGUUAAAUUUUUUAGAGUUAGGAAAUUAUGUACUGUGGAUCUCAAUUAUUAUCUUAGAUCUAUGUACUUGUUUAGGAUCAAAUCCUAUAUGUGCUCAAUUAUUGGACAUACUGGCAUCUUUUCAUCACAGCCUGUGAUGAAAAUACUUUAGCAUUAUGGAAAAGACUUUAGCAUUAUUCUCAAGGUUGAAAUAAUACAGCUGUUCCCUGGAGGGGACCAAAACAAUGCUUAUUCUAUAGAUAGUUGUCAGUUGCACCGAAAAUAAAUUGUUUUGCUUUCUGACAUAAGUAACGCUAGUAAAUUAAUAAAAUAAUUUAUAUUAACAUAAUAUACAUUUCUAGUACCUGAAAUCCAGUUUAAGUUUAGAUUUUUCAAUUUCAUUUUCAUUCUUUUUUUUUUUUAAAUUACAAUUUAAAUUUAUAUUCAUGCAAGGCAUUUGUAUUUCAUUCU